GGAAGCGGGAUUCAAACAUGUAGCUCCGCCUCUGCCGCUCGACUUCUCGAAAACAGAAACUAAGCAUCAGCCGAAACAAAAUGGGAGCGUCGUUGGACACUCCGGCGCGGUGUUCUCUGUGCAACGACCUGACCCUGGACCGCAUCACUCUGAAGUGCGGCCACUGGUUCUGCCAGCGAUGUAUCGGCGACUUGUGGAGCGUCGCCCCGAACGGGCCGUACCACUGUCCGCAGUGGAGGUGUAAGACCGUGUACCAGGCUCUGCCGUUUGAUCGCAGCUUGUUACGGCCGCCCACCCCGAAUCGACGGGCUCAGCCCCGCGGCACCGCAGCCACAUCCAGUAACGAUGAACAAAACCGAUCUGACUCGAUACUGAGGAGGCCCUCACUCACCAGCCAACUCCUGCGGAAGAGAAAGGCCAGCACGCCUGCACCGGAGCAGCCUGACGUAAAGCGAUCAACUGUGGAAUCUCCCCGUGAGCCGUCCGGUGACACUGAGACCCCCACCACAUCCUUCUCAGAUAGACCUGGGCAGUCGACUGGUGUGGAGACAUCCAAGAGAGCAGUGCAACCAGAAUCCACACAGUCUGAGCUUGGUGAUGGCACAUCCUUUGGUGACAAGUCUGGCAGCAAGGCAGUACCUGCAAAUGAUGUGCCACCAGACCUCUCAAUCCAGCAGGGCCAGCAUAAAUCAGAAGAAGUCGUCUCAUGGGAUGACUCUGACAGCUCAACUGAAGUAGAUAUAUGUGAUGCACCUCCUCUUGAUACCCCCAGGAAAGACACACAUGAAGGAGAAAUUCAUGCUUCACCAAAGAAACCUGCCUCACCUGCCAACUCUUAUUCUUUUCCUGGGGUCUCAACCCCAGGUAACGAUAAGUUUCCUGUACAUUACGUCAAGCCACCUCUGAUAUUCACCAAACAUCCUACUGCUGCUUCAGGAUCAACAAGUCAUGCAGACAUCUUUCUCAAGCCGGAGAACAAAAAUACCAGCCCUGUGCCCUGCCACUAUUGCCCUAAAACUGGAUACCAGCCUGCUGUGAAGACCUGUCUGGUGUGCGGAGCUUCAAUGUGUACAGAGCACCUGCGUCCCCACCUGGACUCCCCUGUGUUUCAGAAUCACACCCUGGUUCCUCCCAUGGAGGACAUUUCUCCCUGGAGGUGCCAGGAGCACCAGGAAAUAAACAGAAUCUACUGUCGGCAGUGUGGAGUGUGUGUGUGCACGGUGUGUACCGUCAUAGGCUCCCACCGCAACCACGUCUGCAUCAGCAUCAGGGAGGCAGAGAGAGAGCUGAGGGGGAACCUGAAAGAAGAGAUCAAACAACUGCAGGGCGCUGAACAGCAAGUGACGAACAGAGUGACUGAACUUACACAGAAGAAAGAGACCUUCAGAGCGGUUUUAAAUGAGGCACGAGAAGGGGUCCUGCAGCAGUACGGAGCCAUCAGAGAGGCCCUGGAUCAGGAGGAGCAAUUAGCUCUUCAGUGUGUGAUGAAGGAGGAGAGCAGGGUUCUGGGUGGACUAGAGGAGAAACUCAGCCAUCUCCGGAGCUCCCUACUGUCAAUCCAGCAAGGCCUCCACACCCUGGAGGGGCUGGCUGAUGCCAAGGGAGACAAACGCGUUCAGGACCAGGCCUUCAUUAUGGAAUACAGCAAAGUAGCCCAACUGGCUAGUAACAUGGGCAGCUGUGUGGAGCAGUUUGAGGCUCCAGAGGAAGUGGAUCGGGCCCGGCUGAAAUGUUUGCAGAGGUGGACUGAGAAGCGCCUGGACACAGUCAUCAUCACUGUGCCUGGCAAAGACAGAGACCUCUACCGACUGCUCUAUGGCACCGUCCCCCUUUUGGAUGCAGACACAGCCCAUUCCAAGCUGCAGCUGUCUGAGAACAGCAGGAGGGUGACCUACAGCGAGGCUCAGCAGUCCUACACGGAGCACGAGGCUCGCUUCAGCUCCUUCCCACAAGUCCUGGCCUCCGUUGCCCUGGAGGGGGGGCGCUGGUACUGGGAAGUGAAUGUGUCUGUGGAUGACGGCCGCUGGAAGGUGGGGCUGUCUGAGGGACAGAUAGAGAGGAAGGGCCAAAAGGACAAUUCUCGUCUGGGCUUCAACAGUUACUCCUGGUGCCUGGCCUGUGAUAAAAGGAAGGUAGAAGCUCUGCAUAACAAAGUGUCGGUUCCUGUGGAUGCAGACAGGCUGCAGAGGGUGGGAGUGUUCCUCGAUUUUGAAGAGGGUGUUUUAUCAUUCUUUAAUGUGACACCAGGGGGCAGUCUAGCAUUAAUGCAUUCCUUUAAGCACCGGUUUACUGACCCUCUUUACCCAGCCUUGUCCGUGUCUAAGACACACCUGGCCAUCUGUGAUCUGUUUCAGUCGUAAACCAUGCAAUACUGGCACGUCAGUUCUGCUGUAAAUCUACAGAAUACAUGAAAGCACAGGGCCUCUUUUACGUGUGAAAACCCCUUCUUCAUUAAAAAUGCGCCAAUUUGUAAAAUUCUCGGGGGUUGAUAGUUUUAUCAUGCACAGUAUAUUAUGCUAAACUUUUACAAAAAUGUGAUUUUAUAUCAUUUGAUAGUACUGGAAUUGUACCAUGCUGGAAAAUGCUGUUCACUAUGAAUUAUACAGGUAGUUUCCCAAGCAGUGGUAGGGUAUUUUUGGUAUCAGGAUUUUCAUUUUUAUAAGUUUUUAAUCUGAAAUAGUCACUGAACAAAUGAGCUAGUUUUCACACGGGAGGCAAGUUAACAGUUGCUGAUCAAUGAAAACACUGAUAUGUAUAAUAUUUCCAUUUCGAAAUGUGUGCUCAGAAUGUUCCAAAUGUUGUUCGUGUUGAGAUGUUUGAGCCGUUGCCUUUCUACAGACAUAAAAUGUGAAAGCUUCAAAAGCAAAAUAAAACCUGCAUUACUUCUUGCCUUGAUACAGCCUAUUUGCGUUUAAAUAGAAACACAGGUGUGUGAGUGGGUGGUGUGUUUCCCCUCAACAGGUGACAGUUGGUGUGCUAACUUUAAACUCUCACUGCCCCCGCAGCAUGUGAGCUUUACUGACA